UCGCGAAGUGUUUAUUUAUAGAAAUUUGAUCCUGAGAGUUCCCGCGAAAGCAUCAUUGUAUGUUCGUGGUUGUAAUUUAAUCGUAAAAUGAAUAAACCGGCCAUUCGCGCUGACGAUCCGGACGACAUAAGCAUGACCGCCCAGGAAUUGCAUGUCCUUUCCGAGCUGGAUAGUCGGCAGUAUGGAUUUUUGCAGCUAAACGCCACUGAAAACGCCAAAAAGAAAGCCUUAGUUGUAAAGGCUGUCAAAUAUUUACAACUUAUGGUUGUGCAAGCUAGGCGACAACAGAAGCAGGACUUCUCAUUGUCUAGCAAGCCCAGCACAAAAAACAUUAGCAUCGAUCCAAAAACAUGGGUAAAGUUGGGACAUUUUCAUUUGUUACUUGAAGAGUAUCGAAAAGCCUUGUCAGCAUAUCAAAUGUUUUAUAAAAUCGAAGGUGAAAAUAAUUGGAAAGAUACCACCUUCCUGUACGGAUUAGGAUUAGUCUAUUUCCAUUACAAUGCCUUUCAAUGGGCUGUGAAAUCAUUCCAACAACUCUUAUACGUGUCGCCUUGUUUUCAACGAGCGAACGAAGUGCACCUUCGGCUCGGGUUGAUGUUUAAAGUCACCCAAGAAUACGAAUCCGCCCUCAAACAUUUUCAACUUGCUUUGGUGGACAAUAGUCCAUGUACUGCCGACAAAAUCGCCAUUAAGUUUCAUAUCGCCCAUGUGUUUGAGUUGCAAGGAAAGAUAAAGCGAGCAAAAGAAAGGUACGAAGCUCUCCUUCUGGACAAAACGAUCAACAACACCCUGCGUGCAGACAUCUAUCGCCAACUAGGUUGGCUCUACCACUGUUAUGACGUUCUGGGCGAAAAGGUUGCACGUAUCCCUCUAGCGAUUCAAUGCCUUCAACAAGCAAUACAAGCUGAUCCAUUAUCGGGUCAAACGUUAUAUUUAUUAGGACGCUGUUACGCUAGCAUAGGAAAAGUUCACGAUGCUUUUAUUUCUUAUCGGAAUUCCGUUGAAAAAUCCGAAGGGAAUGCAGAUACUUGGUGCUCAAUAGGAGUGCUUUAUCAGCAGCAGAGUCAACCUAUGGAUGCGUUGCAAGCGUAUAUAUGCGCAGUGCAAUUAGAUAAAUGUCAUUCAGCCGCGUGGGCGAACCUAGGGAUAUUGUAUGAAACGUGUGGGCAGGUGAGGGACGCGUACGUCUGCUAUUUAAACUCCAGCAGAGGUCUGAAGAACCGCUCGGUGGUUGAGGAACCGUCCAUAUCCACUAAAUCAAAUCGGACCGUCUUGCCUCCCAUUGGCAUGAACCCCAAUCUCACCCAAAGAAUCAGUUUCCUCCAGACGCAUCUCUCAAACGGUCCAAUGCCUAGCAUCACCAAUGCGCGUCGUACAUUACUAUCAAUUGAAGAGGCUUGGAACCUACCAAUAUCAGCAGAAAUGUCAUCGAGGCAACAACAACAAACGGGCGGUCCGCAAACUCGCACCGGCAGUCAGGGAUUUCAAAAAGUUUACAACCAAACUCCGCAAGGUCCGCCUCCCCCAUAUCCGUCGCCGGGGGGCGCGAACAAGCGGUUUAAAAACGACGGAGGAGAUCAAAAACCACCCAAUCCGGCGACGACGACAACGACGACGGUGACGACGACGCCUACGCAACAACCGAAUCCUCCGUUUUAUCUCACGCAACAACAACUCCAGUUGUUACAAUACCUACAGCAAAACGCGAGCAGUUUGAAUCCGCAACAACAGACCUCAUUACAGCAACUACAACACCAAUAUCGCCUUAUGCAACAGCAUCAGCAACAGCUCCGCAACCAAAGACAACAAACGGUGGGGUCUCCUGCGAGUACAGCAACGACGACCCUAGCCGUAACCGGCGUAACGCAAGCUAACGGAACGAACGUUGUCACGCCGAAAUUGGUUCAACCGUCCGUUCAACCACCUGUACCUAUGCCUCUUACCGGGUCAAAUUUCAGUGAGAUCAGUGAAGCCGAUCUACAAGAUCUUCUAUCGCACAAGGGUAUGGCCACGACGCUCGCUGAGAAUUUGCUUAAACACUUUGGAUCCGACGAGAUCGACAUCAAGGAAGAACCUGGAGUUGAUAACAGCCUGUCGUCGGGUCCGUUUUCGCCGUCGAAUCCAGGAGACGAGGACAUCACCAGAGUCGAUAUAAAAGAGGAAAUCAAGGAGAAGAAAUCACCACCGCAGGAAAUUUUAACGGUCAAAAACGAAAUUCCGUGGGAAUCAGAAAAUUAUGAAACCGAUAAACGACCCGACACUGAAUAUAACAUUAAUAUGGAUGCUAAAACAAUCUUGGAACUUUGCAAGGGAGAAGGUGUUAAAGGAGAAAUAAGCAACUCAUUAAUAUCGGAUAACGCGCCACCUCCAGCCCCUCCUGAACCGCCUUCACACAAAUUAAACCACCAACAAUUGCUGCCACCAACACCUUCCGUAUAUUUAGACAACAAAAAGCACGCAUUUAGUCCGCAACUACAAGAAUUUUGUUUGAAGCAUCCGAUUGCGGUUGUGAGAGGUUUAGCGUCUGCUUUAAAACUCGAUUUAGGAUUAUUCUCGACGAAGACACUCGUCGAGGCGAAUCCCGACCACAGUGUAGAGGUGCGCACGCAAUACCAACAACCAUCCGACGAAAACUUUGACCUGCAAUCCGGACGUAAAGUAUGGGCCUGCGUUUCGCACCGAUCCCACACGACGAUCGCCAGAUACGCGCAGUACCAAGCCUCCAGUUUUAAGGAUAGUCUCAAGGAAGAAAAGGAUAAGACCACCGGCGUUAGUUAUAGUUUAUCCGAUUCCGAUUCUAAGGAUUCGAGCAGUUUUGUUAGACGAAAGAACAAAAACGUUCCCGCACCGCCUUCCAAUAAUAUCAAAAAUCCGAAUUCACCCAAAACGUUAAAAUUUGGAACAAAUGUAGAUUUGUCAGAUGAAAGAAAAUGGCGUUCACAACUUCAAGAAUUAAUGAAACUUCCUGCCUUUGCUAGAGUUGUUUCAGCUGGAAACAUGCUUUCGCAUGUUGGUCACGUAAUUUUAGGAAUGAACACGGUGCAACUUUACAUGAAAGUUCCCGGAAGUCGAACGCCAGGUCACCAGGAGAACAACAAUUUCUGCUCAAUAAACAUCAAUAUUGGACCGGGUGAUUGCGAGUGGUUCGCCGUUCCGGAUGCUUACUGGGGCGCGAUUUGCACUUUGUGCGAGAAAAAUCAAAUUAAUUACCUUCAUGGAUCUUGGUGGCCCGUUCUAGACGAUCUAUAUCAGAACAACAUUCCGGUUUAUCGAUUCACGCAGCGACCUGGCGAUUUGGUUUGGGUGAACGCCGGUUGUGUGCAUUGGGUCCAAGCAGUCGGGUGGUGCAAUAAUAUCGCUUGGAAUGUCGGACCGUUAACAGCAAGACAGUAUCAAUUGGCCAUCGAACGGUACGAGUGGAACAAAUUGCAGAGUUAUAAAUCGAUCGUUCCGAUGUUGCAUUUGUCGUGGAAUCUGGCUAGGAAUAUUAAAGUUUCAGAUCCAAAACUUUUUAGUUUAAUUAAAAAAUGUUUAUUACGAACGUUAAGACAAUGCUCAAUGAUAUUAGAAUUUGUUAGACACAAACAUGUCGAGGUCAAGUUUCAUGGAAGAGGUAAAAACGAAGCUUCGCAUUAUUGUGGACAAUGUGAUAUUGAGGUAUUUAACAUAUUAUUUAUAAGAGAACAAGAAAAACGACACGUCGUUCAUUGCAUGGACUGCGCGAGGAAACAAUCAACGAAUUUGGAAGGGUUUGUGUGUUUGGAAGAAUACAGCAUGGAGGAGUUAAUGGACGUUUACGAUAAUUUCGUAUUACACUCGACUGUGAAUACAGGGGCAGAUAUAUAUCGGUUGCCCUCGUAACCAUUGGACCUCUAAGGAGGGAUAAAACAGCACGAAAAAACAAAUUAUGAGAGAGAGAGAAGAUAAACAGAAGCUACCACUGCCACGUAAAUAAGUACAACUUGUAAAUUUGUCUGUAUCGCUUGUUAUUUAACAAUUAUUAUUAUUAUUGUUGGUGUGAUUAAUGAGAAAAUGUGAGUGAAUGAGAUGAAAAAGUGAUGAUUAGAGCGAAUGUGGAUGAGUGUGUAAAUAACGAGAAAAGAAAAAUUGUCAAUCCGAUUAGAUCAGGAGAAAAAAGGAAUAACACCUAAAUCAGUGAUCUCAUAGCGUAAUUUUUACCACUUCUAAAUGUAAAUAUUUCAUCUAAUUUUUAAUACAUAGCUAAAUAUAUUGAGCGAAAUAAAUAUAUUUAUUUAAAAAUCGUUAACGACUAAGUGACGAUACAAUUUUCCCCAGCUUGAACACGAUUUUUUUUGUUGUUUCGGUGACUUAUUUCGAUUUUUUUCUCUUUAACCACCAUAUCACUGCCAAAUAAACACAUGAAUAUUUCAUUAUAUACAUGUAUGUCAUAUCAUUCUUUUUUUUUUAUUUAAUCUUUUUUAUUCUUUGUAAUUUUUGACUUUAUUAUUCGUAUAUUAAUUUUUUGUGCGUACUAGUUUAUAGUGUUUGUAUGUAAUGUAUAGACAAUGUACGGCAGCGAAAGGAGAAGAUGAUAAUUAUAAAGAGAAAUUAACUUUAGUCACUGCCUUAUGUGAUACUCACUGCCCAAGAAGAUACUACCAAAUUUUACAUUUACGCAUAGACAGAAUGGGUUUAAACAGUGCCUUCAAUACUGUACUGUCUAAUUGAAACACAAUGAAAAAUAAAAAAAAGAAGAUAAGUAUAUUUUGCGACCGAAAAAAAUAAAAAAAAAGUUGAAAAUUCAAAUAUCACAAUAUCUCCGUAUUUAGAUAAUUUAAGAUGUUUUUAAGAAGAAAAAAAACGAAAAGUCCUUUGGAAUCGUAGCUCAAUUUUUCCUACUUGUCGGAAUAUAUUGUAUACUUUUGUUCCUUAAAAAAUAUCUUAAUUUAUAUUUUUCCCCCUUUAUGCUCCCGUUUCAUUUACGCGACACUAGUUUUCUUUUGUAUACGUAGAAAAUUAAUUUCUUACUUAACCAUUUCCCCUUAUUUUCUAAUAAUUUUAUUUUAUUUUAUUUUUUUUUCUAUCGAAAAAGUCUGAGAGUCGUGUAACUGUAAAUUUUAUUCUAAGUAGAAUAACUUGUAUUUAUGAUUGAUCUUCAUUAAAGUUUACAAAUAAUUAUU